AUGAUGAGACAUAGUGCUGUUCAAAUUCCCGCUUUGAGUGGGGUUGCAGAAUCUGCAAUCCUUUUUGUCCAUGGGCUUGGAGACUCAGGCAAUGGCUGGUCGUUUUUUGCUCCUUUGGUCCAGAGAUCAGGAAUUGUCAAGUCUGCCCGCAAUACGAGAUUCAUUUUUCCUAAUGCUCCUGAAAGGCCAAUUACUGUGAAUGGUGGUAUGAUGAUGCCUGGCUGGUUCGAUAUUCAUACUUUGGGUGAUAGAAGAGGCAAGCAAGAUACCGAGGGCUUUUUAGAGUCGUGCAAUCUCUUAAAGUCGUAUAUCAAGAAGGAAAUGGAGGAGAACAAGAUUCCACCAGAAAAAAUCAUCAUUGGUGGGUUCUCGCAAGGUGCCGCAGUAGCGUUGGCCACAUUAGCUUUGCUUGAUUUCAAAAUUGGUGGAUGUGUCGCUCUUGCGGGCUUUCUUCCGAUCCCCGAAAAAAUGAAGGAGAUUUUUCAAAAAGACAACUGUCCUAAUUUGACUACUCCUAUUUUUCAAGGCCAUGGCGACUCGGACCCAGUGAUUGCCCAUGCUUAUGCUCUUGAAACUAGUGAGACUUACAAACUGUUGGGCUUUUCGAAUUAUAAAUUUCAAACGUACCGAGGACUUGGACACAGCACCAACGAGAGAGAAACCCAAGAUGUCUUACACUUCAUUUCACUGAUUUUGGAUUAG